AUGGAGUGGUUCACGAUGGAGAACCCCUUCGUCCAGAAGCAGAACAUGACCCUGGCGCGCGGCGCCUUCCGUCAGCAGCAACUCAGCAUCCAGACCGACGCCGUCGUCACCUGGUUGAACCAGCUCUUCCCGGCGCGCAACAUCCGCAACAGCGACGCGGCCCUGCUCGAGGCGCUCAAGGACGGCUCGCUGCUGUGCGAGCUCCUGGCCAAGAUCGCGCCCGAGACCGGGGUCAAGGUGACCACCUCGGGCAAGGCCGACUUCAUCCGCCUGGAGAACGUGGGCGCCUACCUGCACAUCUAUGCAGAUCUGCAGCAAUCUCAUCUCUGCACCAUCACCAUCGUCGUUGGUGAAGAUUAG